AAGUAAGGGACACAAAUAAUCUUUUACGAGGUCCUGAGCACUUGAAACACACCCAGAGAACUUACCAAUCCACCAAUGCCCUUCUAGAAGGGACAAACCCAAAACAAGGAAAUUGUCCUCAGUCCUGGGGGGUCAUCAGCACUGCCCAGGUAUAUAAAGGGACCCAAUCCAGAGGAGACAUCACACCUGAGAACUCCCAACCUCUCUUCACUUCUCAGCCCCACUCCAGCCCAGACACAACCAUGACAGGCUCCUGCUGUGGAUCCUUCUCCUCCCAGAGCUGUGGAGGAGGCUGCUGCCAGCCCUGCUGCUGCAGGGACCCCUGCUGCUGCCGCCCAGUGUCCUGCCAGACCACAGUGUGUCGCCCUGUAACCUGUGUGCCCCACUGCACCAGGCCCAUCUGUGAGCCCUGCCGCCGCCCCAUCUGCUGUGACCCCUGCAGCCUGCAGCAGGGCUGCUGUCGCCCCAUCACCUGCUGCCCCACCUCUUGCACAGCUGUGGUCUGCAGGCCUUGCUGCUGGGCCUCCACCUGCUGCCAGCCCAUCUCAGUGCAGGCUCCCUGCUGCAGGCCCCCUUGCUGCCAGCCUGCUCCCUGUCGCACCACCUGCAGGACCUCCCCAUGCAACACCUGCUGCUGA